UCAGCAACUAGUUUCUUACUCUUGUUGAAGAUCACAUACUCUUGUCUGCUACCCCUCUCACUGCUGUUCACUUUCUAUUAUCAUCAACCUCAGCAUCAAGUCACAAUCUUACAAGAACUGUCGUCAAUACCAUCGUCGACGUCAUCGUCAUCACUUGGCUCCUAGCACACAAUCAACUACCAACACCAUCGCCAUCCUUCGCCUGGUAACAGAGAGCCAACACCUGCUGACGACAUGUCUACCAUUUAUUCAGUGCCCCGGGAAAAGCGGUAUGGCAAAUACAAGAAAGUCCUGUAUCUAGAGCCGCCCUUCGACGGCGCCGUGACUGUCAAACGACGGGUCACCACCGUCGUCCCGCCUCCACAACCGCCUCCACCACCACCACCCGUCCGGGUGCUACCUGCGCCGGUUCCAAUGCCAGUGCCAGAACCCGCUCCUACCGUCAUCGAGGUCGCGCCACCGAUCAUCAUACCGCCCCCGGCUCCCCUCCCGGAGCCCAUCGAGGUCGAGCCCGAGCGGCCCGACUCCCCCAUCGACGUCAUCGCCGUGGACGUCGACCCCUCGGAGACGGGAUCGACGACAUCCUCGCGCAAAUCCUCCAAGAGCUACAAGUCAUCGCGCUCCGGCCGGAGCAAGAGGCACAGCCAUAGCCGGGAGCGCGAGGUGUACAUCGAGCGCGAGAAGCUCGUGCCCGUGCCCGUCCGCGUGCCGUACCCCGUCGUACAGCAGCAGGAGCCGCAGUACGACACGUACCGGUACAUCGAGGCACCGCGUCGCUACGAGCCGAGAAGGCGGAGCCCGGACCGCGAGAUUGUCAUCGAGGAUCAUCGUCGGAGACGAUAUAUUCGCGACUAACUUUAAUGCGUUUUCUCUCUGACUUUUUUUUUUAUUUUUAUUUUUUUAUAAAUUCUUACUUAUUCACUUAACUAAUCUGUCUUAUGCCAUCUAUCAUUUAUUUACUUGUCGUUCAUUUGUUGAUUUACUACUACUACCACCACUACUAUUCUACCUUAUUUUCUCAUGUUAUAUACUUUCCUUGUUAUGUUAUAUUAUGAUGUCAUGACAGUUUGACAAUAGCGCGUUGGUGGAGAUGGUUUUCUUGCUUUUUACUUCAUAUUAGAUGAUAUAUACGGGUACACACUGUGAGAAUCAGGUGUCUGCGGCGUUGGGAAUGAAUGGCGAGCAAAUGAACUGCUUGAUCUUGCGUCCUACCGGGGGGGUUGUUAUGAUGAUGUAAUUGUUUAAUGCGGAGGACGAUGGGACGGGGAUCAACAUAGCUGGCUGGCCUGGUCGGCGUGGUCCGCUGGAGCCUGCCUGCCUGCUGGUACAUUUGGCGUUUGGGGGACAGACGGACAGAUCAAGUCUGUGUUGCGUGGCCGUCGUACCACCAUUCAUAUAAGCGCUACGAACCUCAAGUGCACAUUAUAGGAAAUCAAUAAUACUCAAAAAUGACUAACAUCGUCAUAUCGCAUUUGCUCUCU